UAUCAUGGGAAGUUAUUUGUCCUGGAUUUAGUAAUGUUACAAGUCUGCUAAAAGAAAAGUUCGAGUUAAAGGUUUUGAAGUGUAGAGCCAGUUGUUGUGGGGCAGUGAUUCAUGGCUUGUUCUGAUUUCACUGCUGUUUUAAGUGUCUCAGAGCAGUUUGCACAAGGCAUGAUAGUUUUGUGUAAAUGCACAAUGUAAUUUAAAAUGCCUCCCUCAUGUUUCACUUGAGCUAAAUGCUUGCUGUAUUUAAUUCCACAUCAUAAAAUAUAAGGUCCGUCCCUUAAGGAGAUGGCACAGAAUUUGGCAGUGAACGUAGUUGUGCAAUCAGGGGCACCAAAUCGAUAUGAGCUGCUAGCUUGGGUCAAUGAAUCUUUACAGACGGGUUUCACCAAGGUGGAGCAGAUAUGCACAGGUGCAGCCUUUUGCCAGCUGAUGGACUGGUUGUUUCCUGGGUCCCUGGACCUUUGCAGGGUCCGGUUCCAAAGCAACAAAACAGUGGACUUUAUCCACAACUACAGUUUACUGCAAGCUGCGUUCAGAAAAGUCGGAGUGGUCCAUGACAUCCCCAUUGAGGAGCUGAUGAAGAGGAACUCCUUAGUGGCUCUGACCUUCCUGCAGUGGUUUAAGCUGUUCUUUGACCAGAACAAUAAAGGCAGGGAGUACCAUGCCCUGGAGGCCAGAGGCGGACAGAGUAUGGUUCCUGACUCAGAUGGUCAUUCCUCCCAGACCUCUCAUCAGAAACUGGAGAUUAUUUUGAAGGUGGAUGGCCAAGCAGUAGAAGAACCGAGAAACGAAAAACCAAGAGCAAACUUGAACCGGAAGGCAGAAGUGGUAGUUUUUAUAUCUGACGACGAGGAUGAUGUGGUGGAUGUGACGAUGGAGCAGAAACCGGAGAAAAUGGAGACACAAGUGAAAGAAGAGUGUCCACAGCCACAGAAGACAAUGAAGGUGGAGCAAGCUGAAGCAGCAGUGGACAAGGGAAAUCAAGGGAGUGGGUCCUACAGCAGUGAUACUUUAUUGCACUUCAUCAGAAGAUACUGGAGUGUCAGUGCUGACUCGAGUACAAACCCUUCAGUCCCUACCAUCCUGAGUCCAAUCCACCCUAGAGACAUCAUUCUGGCCUGCUAUGACACGCCGUACUGCCUCUACCUGUAUACGGGGGUAGAGCUGGGUGAAGGACAGAGCACAAGUGUCAUCCUGAUUGGCUACUUUGACCAGAGCGCAGGGGUCAAUGUGGUGAGGCUGCUGCACACUCUGGAGAUGAACUCUGACACUGAUGCACAAUCUCUGAUUCAGACGCUAAAGAAGUGUGGACUUCCUCUGCCCAACCUUGCUGUGUUCUACUGUAACUCUCCAAACGUGGAGGCGAACCAGGCUUUUGUAUCCCAGCUCAAGGCUUUCAACACUGGGUUGAUAUCACUCUGCGGCCUCUCUGGGAUUGCAGGAAGAGCCAGCCAGGCUGCACUCUCGGCCUCCUUUCACUCGGUAGUUGACCUGGUUAGAGACAUCCACCAUCACUACUCCACCUGCUCCUCCGUCAAUGACAGCCUGAAAGAGCUAUUUGCUGAUGCAGAGCCUUACAACCCAUCGUGUUCUAUCUCUGCACAGUGUUUAUUUAUCAUCAACACUGUGCAGAAGAUGGUCAGCAGCUGGAGGGAUGUAGUGGACUAUUUUAAGUCACUGAGACAAGCAGAGGAUACUGACCGGAUCAGAACCCAGCUGAUGAGUCAUAAAGUCAAGCUGCAGUUCCUGUUCCUCUCCCACACUUUGGAGCCCCUCCGAGCUCUCCAAGAAUUGCAGCAGGACGGCAAAGCAGAGGUGGCUGUGGAGCUCCAGCUGACCUCCAUGCUGGUUCACUCCUACGCAGCCAGUCUCCUCCAGCCCUCUGUCGCUGAGUGCUUUCUCAGGAACCGAGAACUGCAUGUGCUAAACAAUGAGAUGAAGCCUCCCACGUCCGAGGUGAACGUAGGUUCUCGUGCCAGAGAGUUCCUGUGGGCCACCGCUGUCGUGGAUCUGGGGGAUCACGAGAGGAGGGAAUUCCUAAAGGACGCGGCGUCUUUCUAUAAAGCAGCCCUACAGAGUAUAGUAGAAAGUAUUCCUAAGCAGCUCGGAGAUGUGGCACUGAGGAAUAUCGGCAAAGUGUUGAAACAUCCUGAAAAUAUCAAUGAUAAUAAAUUAUCCAGGCUUGUGCUGUUAGAGUUGGGGGAUCAGCUGGGUCUGUGUGAAGCUGGGACUCCAGAACAACGUCAGCUGGCAUACGACUAUGCCAGUGUGGUCAAGACGGCAAAGGAGGAACAGACGAGUGGAACAGGUCACUGCUGGGCGAAGAUGUUGCGCGGCAUUAGGCCGUACUCUACUCUGCAUAGACUCCUCCUGACUGUCCUGGCCCUGCCGAGCUCCCUAUGCAGGACGCAGGUGUUUGCUAAGGCUUUCAACACCCCCAGUAUCCUUCAUGAAAGGAAAGAAACCUCCAUAGCCUCAUCUCAACCAGGCAGGUGGACAGGAAGACCCCGCAUCUGUAGAAGAAAACCUGUCAAGGCAAGAAAUGGUUAUAAGAAGAAAGAAGAAGAAGCUGGAGAGAAUUCAUCAGAAGAAAGUGAUCGUUAUGUGGCCAAAACCCGUCUAAAUAUUCCAUCACAACACUACAGCAGUAAGGAGGACUCGGCCAAAACCCGUCUAAAUAUUUCAUCGCAACACUACAGCAGUACGGAGGACUCAGACUACACAGACAAUUCCUCUGAUGUGGUUGAUCUCACAGAAGACUUCAAAGUACGUCGGCACAACAGGAUGAUAGAAGCAGAAAGUGAUAGCCCUCCACAGGCGGAGACUGUGGUUAUUGUGAGCGAUGAUGAUGACGUCAUGGUUUCAACAAGCACACCAUCCAACUCAACAGAACUGCUGGAUGCGGCGGGGGAGCUGGUCUGGGGUCAGGUGGAGGGCUUCACUCCCUGGCCAGCCGUCAUUGUACCGUGCAGGGGAGAGGUUGAACUUCCAGGGAAGAGGAUGGUGGAGUGGUACGGACAGCGAAUGUCCUCUCAGGUCAGUUUGGAGGAACUGAAACCAUUCGGUGCCUUCGCCCAGCACUUCAGCGCUAACUCCUUUGCCAUCCUCGUCACCUACCGAGAAGCCAUCUUCUUGUCCCUGCAGGAGGCGGCUCUGCGUUGUAAGAAGCAGUUUUCUCCACGUCUUGAGGACCGAGAUGAGCUGCUGAAACAGAUGUUAGACUGGGCCUUUGGAGGCUUUGAACCCACUGGGCCAGGCGGAUUCAUACAAGGGGCUGCAACAAAUGGUGUAACUAAAACAACAAACAACAGACCAAAGGUGAUGAAGAAACUUUUCCCGCAAGCCAAAUCUUCUCCUCACUCCUUCGGCUCGCCCCACUCGAUGAGCAGCAAGAGCAGUAUCAUCAGCGCUGAGCUGAAAGAGGUGGCUAUCUCUUUAAACAGACUGUCGUGCGAUUCCGUAGAAAAGUCCUCCCACAGAGGUGGAGGCAGAAAAACUACGUGGGAGGACAGAUUUGAUAUAGCGGGAAAAGGCUCUAAAGGAGUCAUAAAGGAGAAGGGAUCCAGAGGAGGGUGGACAGCAGAGAGGUGGAAACAAGGGAAGGGGGGAUGGGAGGGAGAGAAAGAUGACUGGGGAGUAGGCAAGGGCAAGGGAGGGUGGAAAGGGGGAAAGAGUCUGAAGAAGAAGAUCGAUGGAUUUGAUGAUGACAUGUCACCAGACUUUGUGCCGCACAAGAAGAGGACCUACACCAAAGUUUACAAUAAGGUCAACCAGGCAACCAGCGUUUAUACCCAGCCGGACCAAAAACUCAGAGAAAAGACCAUUCGUAAGAUCAUGGAUAUGAAACUGGACAUUGAAGGCUUCUGUUUGUGUUGUGGAACUGACAAAGUUGAAGUGUCCCACCCUCUAUUUAAAGGCAGCCUCUGCUUGGAGUGUAAAAAUAACUUAACAGAAACUCUGUAUCGUUACGAUGAAGAUGGAUAUCAGUCCUACUGCACCAUCUGCUGCUAUGGACUGGAGGUCAUACUGUGUGGCAACAAUAGCUGCUGCAGAUCUUAUUGUGCAGACUGUAUGAACAUCCUGGUCAGUCCGGGGACGUUUGAUUCCUUAAAGCUGCUGGACCCGUGGAUCUGCUGCUUGUGUCAGCCUCAUCGACCCCACGGCGCUCUGAUUCCCAGAAAGGACUGGAGCAUUCGUGUUCAGGAAUUAUUCGCCAACAACAGCGCCAUGGAGUUUGAGCCGCACCGUGUUUACCCGUCCAUCCCAGCCAACCUGCGCAGACCAGUUCGAGUUCUGUCCCUGUUUGAUGGCAUAGCAACAGGGUACCUAGUGCUGAAGGAUCUUGGCUUCAAAGUAGAGAAAUAUGUUGCCUCAGAGGUCUGCGAGGAUUCAAUUGCUGUGGCGACCGUCAACCACGAUGGAAAGAUUGUGCAUGUUGGUGACGCUCGGUCUAUCUCCCAGGAAUUCCUCGAGCAGUGGGGUCCGUUUGAUUUGCUGAUCGGAGGAAGCCCCUGUAAUGACCUCUCCAUCGUCAACCCAUUCAGAAAAGGCCUCUAUGAGGGCACUGGCAGGCUGUUCUUUGAUUACUACCGCAUCCUUCAACUGCUGAAGCCCAAAGAGGAAGACCCGAGGCCAUUCUUCUGGCUGUUUGAGAACGUGGUCUUCAUGAACACACAUGACAAAGUCAACAUCUGCCGCUUCCUCGAGUGCAACCCGGUGCUGGUGGAUGCAGUCAAAGUUAGCCCCGCCCACAGAGCUCGUUACUUCUGGGGAAACAUCCCAGGGAUGAGCAGGCCCAUUAUAGCCUCCCAGAACGACAAGCUGAGUCUCCAGGACUGUUUAGAGAUCGGUAGAGAAGCCAGGGUCACUAAGGUGAGGACGAUCACCACCAAUCCAAACUCUCUGAAGCAGGGCAAAGGCGUCGCUCAGCUGCCUGUCCUCCAGAACGGCAGAGAGGACAACCUCUGGAUCACUGAACUAGAGAAAAUCUUUGGUUUCCCCAAACAUUACACCGACGUGAGGAACAUGAACCGGCAGCAGAGGCAGAAGGUGCUGGGGAAGGCGUGGAGCGUGCCGGUCAUCCGUCACCUCUUCGCUCCCCUGAAGGACUAUUUUGCCUGUGAGGAGCUGCCUCCCUUGACCACGUCCAUCAUGUCCACCACCUCCCCCUCCCCGUCUUCCCCUGCCUCUCCAGAACUACAGCAACUAAGAUAGGGGAGGUUGGAUAGAUUUUUGUAUAGCACAAUAUGUAAGGUGUUUUUGCCCCAACACAUGGUUUACAAGAACUAGAUGGAGCAUAAAUUGUCUAUAAAUGUCUCCUACUACUUCAAAAGAAAAAACAGAGCUCACUGACCGGCUCCUGUGGAUUACUGCCAUGGGGACAUUUUGUCCACUAUGCAAUUGAAUCUCUUGCAUCGUGUCACACAUGCAGUUUGUCACUUUGGCCUUCAAAGCCCUUCUGUCUUUCUUGGAUAGAAAAUUCUGCAUUUUCAUCCUGAACCUUGCCGCCUACUGGAGUAUAAAGAACACUGCCAAUCCUUUUCUUUUUUUCCUCCAUGCUGCUUAGUGAUUUGUCAGUGGUGCUACUACUCAGUGAACAGCAACACAUUUUAGCUUAGAUGGCGUAAAGAAACCUCACUGGUAAUAGGGUUACACCGCCACCUCUACAUUUUAGUUUCUUGUUUUUUUAAGGUGUGAAUCAUGUUGAACUGAGAGAUGUCUCGCUGCUUUACUGUAAUAUUUGAAUAAUUUUAUCAGGACAAAAGCAGAACUCAUUACUUUUUUUAUUGGAUUAAGAUCUGCUGUAUUUUUAAAACUGUUAUAUUCUGCUCACACAUGCCAUGUUUAUACCAAACUAACUAACCGUCUGUCGAUAAAGGUAUUUGAGAAGACGCAAGUUCGGACACAGACUUUUUAUCUUUUUUACAUCAGUUUUUAACUUUCAUUCUCGUCCUUCUGUUUUAUACUUGUAUGUUUAGGGUAACUUUGAGAAGUAGGAAGUAAUUGAGGACAGCUUUUAUUUGUAUUUGGGAAGACGAUUGAACUGUUAUUGUUGCAUUGGUGCUAUAUGUGUGUACAGGUGUGUGCACUGCCACUUUCACACCAACAAAACUGAUAACACUAAGGCCCUUAAGAGUGUUAUUGCUGCUUUGGUGCUAAUAAUAAGAAAACCAUACUUGUGAUUGCAGUUACCUGCAGCCUCAUAAUCACCUGUAUCGUGUUUUGUUUUAGAGAAACGGUGACGUUUGUAAGGCUUUACUCUUCAGGGCACAGACGUAUAACACCUACCCUCAUUAUAUAUUACCUAAAGCUGAUCUUUCAGUCCAAGAAUUUUCUUCUUUUUUAUUGUUAAAAAUGUUACUUUUCUGUGUCAAGGGAAAUGAAUUUAAAUCAUUCACUGUCAAUUACUGUCCAUUUUUGUUAGUUAAUGCCUAACUAUGUUAACAUAAGCUGGAACUGACUUUAUUGUUCAAUACUUGACAAUAUUACUUAAUCACUACCGUUCUUAAAGUCAAUUAAGUCAUAUGUCUAUCUAUGCCAAGAAAUGUACACAACAAGCUCUGAGUUGCUAAAGUUACGUUCAUUCUGCGGAUUAUUCAAGUGCACUUGUGUGUGUAAAGCUAUAAUAACCAAGCAGGAUAUGCAAAUGAACAAGUAAUUUAGUUGUCAUGUUGAACACUAUUUUGAAGCUGCAUGCACUGCACAGUCUAACAGAAUACCCCUUCAUGGUAAUGAAUUUAACAUGUCUUUUUUUUUAUAUAUAUAUAUAUUUUGCUGACUGAUGAUUGUAUCAUGAACACAGGUUUUGAGAACUGUUUUGGGUGAGGGGCUUUAAGUGUGCUGUACAGUGUGUUUGCACAUUUACACCUGGGGAAUGAAUUCAGAAGGUGUGUAAGUGUGGAGGGGAAACUAAAGUGUCUCACCUGUGCUGCCCCGGAUCAUCUCUGUACUGUACCAGAUACUGUUGUUUUUAUAUUAAUUUUUUUAAUGAGGCACAUGCAGUGUUGUUAAAUGUAUAAAUGUUUGAACAUAGAAUGGUGCUCUGUGUUAAACUCAUUUUUAUCUAUAUUUGUGAUUGAAUUAAAAUAAGGGAUUUUUUAAUGGGACUUUUAAAAAGAUCAAUAAAAAUAAUAGAUUCCAGG